GCGCAAAACCCAGAGUGGGAGGGCGAAGAUGUGAGGCUUCUCUCUCCCUCCCUCCUCUACUCUCUCCGGAUUUUCUUUGCAAAAGGGGAGGGGGGGAGAAAGGAGAGAGCAAGGUGAUGGUGUGCGACUGUUCCUUUCCACUGCUGAGCAAAAUCAUCAUCAAUCUGUUUUGGGUGGUUUUUUUUUAAGAGGAGCAUUAAAUAGGGCUCUGUUAUACCCCUCUCUGGAAUCUGAUUUUAUAAGUAGCCUUCCAGCAGCAAAACAGAUAAUUAUUGUUAGCCUUUAAAGAGAAAAAAAGGGGUGGGGCGUUCCAGGAAAAGUGAGGUGUUUUCUCACUCUUCCCCCCCACUACUUUUUCCUCUGCCCCGUUCCGCCAGUUUCCAACCCCCUCCUUAUUAAGAUCCCCUCUGUGUGACUAUCUAGAGUCAAUAAGCAUCCCUCCAUCAACAUCAGUUCCACAGCCCGCCCUCUCUCUCUCUCUUUCCCUCUCCCUCUCUCUCUCUAACCCGGGAAGGAUUUGUCUUUCAUCCCCCCCCAUGUAAGCCAGCAACUAAGCAACCCCGAAGAUUUUUUUAAAGGGGGGGUUAAGGGGGAAAAGCCACCACCUCCCCCACUUUACAUCUGGGGAGGGCGCCAGCGUGGUGGGUCCUUCAUCCUAACUGGGACCUUAAAAGAUGCCGACCCAACCAAAGAAGGCUCCUGAGAGAUGAUCCACAAACGCUGCAAGAUCGCUCUUGUGUUUUGGUUUUUUUUAAAACCGUCCUCCAUAAAUUAAAAAAAAAAACUUGGUGGGACCUUAAACAACAACAACAACAAGCCCCUUCUCCCUCCGGCUCCCACCUUGACUUCCUGUUGGCAUCAAGUCGCUCUGCCGCUCUGGUCAAUUUCGUUUGGGUGAUGGAUGAGUUCCACCCCUUCAUUGAGGCGCUGCUCCCCCACGUCCGGGCCUUCGCCUACACCUGGUUCAACCUCCAGGCCCGCAAGCGCAAGUACUUCAAGAAGCACGAGAAGCGCAUGACGAAGGAUGAGGAGCGGGCCGUCAAGGACGAGCUGCUGAAUGAGAAGCCGGAGGUGAAGCAGAAGUGGGCCUCUCGCUUGCUGGCCAAGCUGCGGAAAGACAUCCGCCCGGAGUACCGCGAGGACUUCGUUCUCUCCAUCACAGGCAAGAAGCCCUCUUGCUGCGUUCUCUCCAACCCCGACCAGAAAGGCAAGAUGCGGCGGAUCGACUGCCUCCGCCAAGCCGACAAAGUCUGGCGCUUGGACCUAGUCAUGGUCAUCCUUUUCAAGGGGAUCCCCCUGGAGAGUACGGAUGGGGAACGUCUCAUCAAGGCAGCCCAGUGCACCCACCCCAUUCUCUGCGUCCAGCCACACCACAUCAGUGUCUCGGUCAAGGAGCUGGACCUCUACCUGGCGUAUUUCGUCCGCGAGAGAGAUUCCGAUCAGAGCAGCAGCCCGCGAACAGGCAUCGGUUCUGACCAGGAGGACAGCAAGCCCAUCAUCACAUUGGAUGCAACAGAUUUUCAAGAGAACUUUGUCACGUCGGGGGUCUUCAGUGUUACAGAGCUUAUCCAAGUUUCCCGGACACCGGUGGUGACGGGCACGGGGCCAAAUUUCUCCUUGGGGGAGUUGCAAGGGCACCUAGCCUACGACUUGAACCCCUCGAGUACGGGGAUGAGGCGGACGCUUCCCAGCACCUCCUCCAGUGGGAGUAAACGGCAUAAGUCAGGUUCCCUGGAGGAUGACUUAGAUGCCAGCCCAGGAGGUGAAUACUACACAUCGCCGAGCUCCCCCACGAGUAGUAGCCGUAACUGGACAGAAGACAUAGAAGGGGGCAUCUCCCCAACCGUGAAAAAGACAGAGAUGGACAAGUCUCCCUUCAAUAGCCCUUCUCCGCAGGACACUUCGCCCCGCCUGAGCAGCUUCACUCAACACCACCGUCCGGUCAUUGCUGUACACAGUGGUAUCGCAAGAAGUCCUCACCCUUCCUCCGCCCUGCACUUCCCAACCACCUCGAUCCUGCCCCAGACGGCCUCCACUUACUUUCAGCACACAGCCAUAAGGUACCCGCCUCAUCUGAAUCCACAGGACCCGCUGAAAGACCUCGUCUCAUUGGCCUGCGACCCGUCCAAUCAACAGCCGGGACCGUUAAAUGGAGGUGGCCAAGUGAAGGUACCCGGACACUACCUUUCCACCCAGAUGUUGGCGCCGCCGCCUCCGGGCAUGCCACGUCUGGCAAUAUCACCCGACACGAAAUCCACCACGACAACUUCAGAGGGAGGGACCACCUCGCCAACGUCUCCCACCUACUCCGCCCCAGGCACACCCCCUGCGAACCGCUUCGUGGGAUUAGGACCUCGAGAUCCCGGCAGUAUCUAUCAGGCGCAGUCCUGGUAUUUAGGCUAAUUGCAGCUUUCAUCUAGACCUUCCUUUUCCUUCCCCUCGCACCCCCAGGCUUUGGGUUUCCUUCAGGGAGAACAAUGCAGCCCACCCCCACCCCCCGGCUCAAUCCUUGGUGGCAGCACGGAGAGAGAAAGAGAGAGACUCGACCACGACAUCGAGAGACACUGCAGAAGAAAAGAGAGGGGGGAAGGUCCAAAUGUUUGCAAAAAGUUAAAGAGAAACCAGAGCAGAGCCUGUCCCCUUCAACCACCCGCCCACCAGCGACCCGUUUCCCAAGCGGGGAAAUGUUUGGAUGGGUCUCAUUGGCCGGAAACACUACACGCCUUUCCACGGAGGAUGGAUUACCACCUGUGGCCACCCGGGAUCCCUUCUGUUGCAUCCUCGAAAGGGAUGCUAUAUGCAAAAACUUUCUGGUUCUUUUUUCCAUCUCUUGUGAGUAGAAACAAAAAACAGAGAACAAAUGUAACCUGGCCUGCUGCAGACAUCCCUCCCCCAAACUUUCCUUUUUCUACACCUGACUUCCUCUCCCUUCUUUGGAGAAGUUGGCGCAGCGUGGACGAGAGACUGCGCUAUGGAUCCCUGAGAUGGGUCAAGCUGUUUAGCUGGGGCUACGUUGAGAUGCAGAGGUAGCAAAUUCCCUCUCCUGAGAGCCAGGAGAGAGAAAAACUGUGGACACCUUUUAAACUGUGUCUCCCUCCCACCCCCACCCUGCACCUCCCACAAAAUAAUCUAUGCUUUGCUUUCUGGUGGGAGUUCUCUGGCCCUCAGCACCUACUGUGACAGGGUGGUGUUAGGGAGACUUCUUUGGUGGAGAAUGCAGGGGACAGCGUUUGCUGUCCUCUUUUCCCAGAAUGCUUUGCGCUUUCGUCUCAAAAGACGCCAUCUUUGGAAAAAGCUGGGACGGGGCGGGAUGGGAUUGGAGAGGGCGGGGGUGGGUUGAUCUGGCGUGGCCUGCCAUUGUGGGAGAAGGAGACGGAUUCAGGCCAAGUGCAAUCCUGAAGUGGAUGGAUUCAAACGGCGGGGGGAAUAUGAGCGAAUUGUGUUCGGUUGUCGUGGUAAUGGGGGUCAAGCUGGGACGGUGUGACAUUUCUUUGAGGGCACAGCGGAGAAUUGAAUGUUGUACUGUGCUGUGUUUAAACAGCAUUCCCCCACCUUCCCAGUGCUGUACCGAGAGGUCUGUCUUUAGCCUUUGCCUUAAGGUUGAGUCCGAGGCUGAAAGAUGGCCCAUUCCUUACUCAGCUGUACGGAGUCUGGUCGACUUGUUCUCUUGUGGGGAAGGGGAUUGCACUGGGGCGGAUAGCAUGAUGCCCGCAGCCCAUGGGCUCUUCCUCAACCGCCCAGCUUUAUAACAUCCUUUCCUGCAAAAUCUGGUUGGGCGAAAGGUAACCAGGGGUGGGCGGGGUGGGCUGAAGGGGUUGGAGAAGGACUCAGUGGAUUGGUGGACCCUCCCUCCCUCCCCCUUCCCUUCCCCACCCCAUUGUCCCAACCUUGUGUACAAAGAGCUAUGCAUGCUAGAGUAAACCAGCGAUUAGGUGGGGGGGGGGUGAUGACCGCUGACAAGGAUUGCACAUUAUUAUUAUUUUUGUAGGAAAUGCACUUUGAAGAGGAGAAAGGAGAGGAGGGGGGAAAUAAUGUGAGGGUCAGAGGAGAUAACAGAAGGUUGUCUCCCGUAGUGCUUUUUUAAAAAAAAAAAUGUUGAGGCAAAGCGCGGUGCUCAUAAGGACACUAUCUAUGCUUAGGGACGGGAUGGUGUAAAGGCAGGGCUUUAAAGCGCAAGUCUUUCAGGACGAGAGGAAAAGAGCUAGAUUCAGUGGGGAGGGGGGAGAGAGAAAGUGAUAACUUCUUCCAUCAUCGUCCCCUUGCUAAAGGACUCAGUCAUUUCCCUGCCCACAAGCCCCAAAGUAGAGCUCAGAAGCCAUCAUGGACUGGUACAAGUGCCUAGAUUUUAACGCUCCAGUCCUUCUUGCUGGGUUACGGAGAUUCUGCAUGGAGACACCGCGUGCCCACCCAGGGGCGAGCUGACCUGUGGCGCCCUGGGCACGUCACUUCAAUACUGCCUCCCCUUCCUGCUUCCCAGCAAACACCAAAGCUUGAAAUGCCACGGGCCCGUUGCCCCCUUUACCCUGGUCGGUGCCGGCUCGCAGUGGAUUGCCACAAAGAGCCGAUGAUGGAAACAGCACUGUGGCUUCUGGAUCACCUUCAUCUCCAGCGGAAGGUGCACCAUCGUUCAGGAUAUCGAAAGGACCCCGAGAGUUGCCUUCCCUUUGCUCUAAAGGGUCAAGAUUGAGGUGGGAGCAUAUGUGGAGGGGAUCGUGCCCUCCAAUCAUGUCAUGGAAGUGGCUCUUGACCACCCACCAGAAAGACCCAAAGGACAGAUGAGUCACAAAGACUCCCUAGAAUCCAAACAUUCUAGAAUCCAAAAGCCAGAGAGGAUCUGACCAGUCUCUGACCACUGGCCACACUGGUGGCUGGGGCUGACGGGAGUUGGAGUGAAGCAAUAUCUGGAGGGCCAUCAGUUUCCCCGCCCACUGUUGUAGUGGGAUUCUCCUUGCCUUCUCUAAAUGCCACUUCUCGGGGAAAAGGCGUGAUGGUUGUCAAGCUGGUAUAAAACGAAUAGAUGUGUUUUUACUGAAGAAAUACCAGGAGAUGCCCAGACGACAUUCUGACUCUCUCCAGGAUGGGAGAAUUUGAGUGCAGACGCUACAUCUUUGUGCCUCGAUCCUUUCUCCAGCCCCAGAGAAGACAUCCAGGUGAAUGAAUGCACAUCCAGUUGCGUGAGUGUGUGAGUUUCUGCCCAACACACACACAAGGAUCAGGCUGUUUUUCCAGCUUUGAAGGCCCAGUUCUGUUUCAAUCUCCUAGGACAACGAUCCAGUUCUAAGAUCAGUUGGGGAGUGGAUUGAUUCUCCCCCCCCCAUUUUUUACCUGCUGGGCCCAAACCAGUUUAUGGCGCUCCAGAUCUUCUUCGCCCAGGAGCCUCUGAGACUCCAGAUGUGCAAAAAAAGAAGAGAGUUGAGCUUUUGGAAAAGGGGUGAACCUCUCCGAUGAAUCCCCCGCAAAUUUGGACACGCACCCCUUACACAUGAAAACAGCGAAGGUUGCUUUGGAUCUUUCACUCUGUGUGAUGGAAGCUGGCCUCUUGAGAUUCUUGGGCGGAUCUUCCCAUUCCACAAUCUGUCAUCAGCCGCCGUGCCUGUCGCCCCCCUGAAUCAUGCUUCCGACAACGUCUCACGACUUUCCCUCCAGGGUCCAUGGCUUCUGGCUUGUGUUGGCAUAUGCAAAAAUCCUCCUUGCCACUCCUCCUUUCUCCCACCAAGGCCAAGAGGGGGAAUGGGGGGGCAGAAAGACUUUGCUAGAUAACCCAAGCCCCCACCUCAAAUUUGGCAUCAUUUGUGGAGUGGGGGCAGUUUCCAGCGGCUUGUGUUUACAUCUCUGCACCUUUAUACUGAGUAACCUUGAUGCCAAGUUUAACCCAUGGUGGGUCAGAAUUGGGCAAGAGGGAAGAAGAUGUCCGCCCCUGCUCCCCAAACACACCCCUCACACACACACACAGGCUUAUACCACAUGGGACAACGAGGGUCUUCCGUUGGAAGGCUGACCCAGGAUUUUUUUAAAGUGAAAAUUAAAUAUAUAUAUAUAUAUAAAAUAUAUAUACAUAUCUGCAAUUGGUGGAGAAGAAAUGUUUUAAGAGAACAUCAGAAGAUUUUAACCCUUUGCAACUAUAGACUGCAUGGUGCUUUGAAACGGGAACUCAUGUGACCUAGCUCAACCAAUCAGCUGGCUGAGAAUGUGUGCAUGGCAAAUUAUACAUAAGACCCCCUCCCUCCCUUCCAAACCUCUCCCCUUGUUCUUCCGGGGGGAGGGGAGAAACCCUCACCUUUUCCCUCCCUCUUAAUUUGCACGAGAAAAAGAAAAGAUGUUUUAUACCACAUAAUGUGCCUUGCCUUCUACGGAAAAAAAAAUGUAUUAACUUUAACGAGAUCAGUGCACAGAUCUGUUGCAUGCUUGGGAAGAGAAAGAUAAAAGGGUCAAGGGGAGGUGUAUGGGUGGGUGGGAUAUAUUGCCUUUUUUUAAAAAAAAAAUCAGCAUUAUGGAUGGGUACGGGGGGGGCAAGUUGCAAUGAAGGAAAGGAAGUGGGGAUUUUCUGCAAUGUUAAUUUAAGUUUUUGUUUUUAACCCAGAAGCUUGUUAAGAGGGGCAGGGGGCGGCAGAGACGCUUUGAGAGGUUCAGUGCUCUGAGCUUCUACCUCCUGAAGGGCACAUUUGCGCAAGGUGUGGCGCAUGGGUUUGGGCGGCAUAACUUCCCUUCCUUGCCAACGCACACCCAAAGGACACUGGCAAUCAUAUCCUCUUGCACCUAGGGGUUUUUCAUGGAAUCAUGGAAUGGUAGAGUUGGAAGGGGCUGUUGAGGCCAUCAAGUCCAACCCACCAUUCGAUGCAGGGAUCCGCCCGCCCCCAACGCCCCUGCGGGGAAUGCCACGGCGAGGGGUUGGAGACUGAGGGGGGUUCGGAAGCUAACUGAGCAAGAGGAGAUGCGGCUUGUGCACCCUCGUCCCGUUUUAACCUCUGAGUCAACAGGUUUGUUAGGCUGUUGGGGAUAUUUUCAAAAGCCUCCUGACCUGUUGAAGCAGAGGCAACAGUGGGAUGAAAGGGAAGGGAGGAAAUGUGCAGAAAAGUGGGCCUCUCUCAAACCAUGUUCAGUCCUUUAACUUCCACUGUCGGUCUCCAGUGACAGCCAAGCCACUUCCCAACCCAAUUUUAAGUUUGUUGUGAAUAUGGAUCUCUCCUAGGGCUUUUGGCCCUUUUCAGGGUCAGCAUGCUAACACGGUUUCAAUGCCAGGUUGAAACAACUGAUUUCAAUUGCGUCUGCAGCAGGAGUGGCCAAGAUAGUGCCCACGGGCACCAGGGUGCCCGCCAGAAGUUCACACGGUGCCCGCAAAAGGUCUCGGCAAACUUCCCUUCCAAAAUCCAAGAAGGCACAAGAGGCUGUUUGCUCUUCCUGCUCAGUUCCUGUUUCCAUUGGCCUAGAUCUGUCUACAUUUUAUUGUUUUAAUUUAUUUUUGCAUUUAUUUCCUCCCAGGAACUCAAGCCUUCUCCACCCCCUCCAUUUUAUCCUCACAACAACCCUGUGAGGUAGAUUAGGCUGCGAGAUGAAGUGACUGGCCGCCCAAGAGACAGACAAUAAGAAUUCCCAUUGUGUAUCACUGGGGAGGGCAUGGGGCCAGAUUUGAUUUUUCUUCCCAUCCCAUGCCAUUUUCCCCUUCUCUGGCAAGAAGCACUUUGGAGGGGGGUCCCUUGAACUAGCAAUUCUCCCCCCCUCCACCUGCCGGCUGCAUUCCAUGUCUUCCAGUGAUGAACAGAAAUGGAAAUCGAGAUUCAAAUAUGCAAUGCCUUGCCUGAUCUCUGUGCUUUUCUCAAUCAAUUAUUUUUUUUUAGCAGCAAUGAAAGAUUUGUCUUGUCAGUUGAAUGCCCGUGGAAGAAUUUGGUUAGCUGUGAAUUCUACAAAUGCCAAGGGAUAGGGGCUUAACUAAUAAUGCAGCACAUUUUCUGGCUGUUUAAAUGACCAAAGUUGGCAAUCAUAGCUGAGACAAACAUUUUUUUGGGGGGGAUGGUGUCUUGACCCCAAGCCAGCCUGCUAAGAGUCACCAGAGAGCUUAAUUCAGUCCCAUUUUUCUUUUCUACCCCCCCAUAGUUGACACUAGAACUUUGAAGUCGAUUGGGAAAGUGUCCAAAUGUAGAUGUGUGUGCCUGUCUUGAGUGCGGUGUGGGUGUCACAGGUGUAGCUUUGGCGAAUAUCCUGAGAUUCUAGAUUAUUUAAAAAUGAGGGGUGUAAACUCUCUGGAUUUUCAAGUGGGUCAGUUAACUUCUUUUGAAGCAGCCAGUUCAAGAAGGACAUUUGAGAACCCGACAGACUGGAAGAGGCUGCUCUCCGCCUCCCUGGGUGAGUCGCUGCCGGCUUGUCCGGUUUCCAAUCGCCUGCCGGGAAAGGGGGUGGUUAAAUGUUACCACCUCUCUGCAUUGUCCCUGAGGGUUCCUGUUGUGUGUAUGCCUCCACGGCUGUUUUUGGGCUGGCUCUUAAGAACAUAAGAAGAUGUCUGCUGCAUCAGGCCAGAGUCCCAUCUGGUCUCAUUCUCAGUUGGCUUCUACUGGGCAAAUUCUGCUGUUUUUCUCCUGUUGAAUGUGGUGACAUUAGGCUCAGCAGAAUUACCUGUCCUCUGAGGAGGAGGAGAAGGAGGAGGUAUGUCCAGUUCAGUGACUCAUGCAGAGAGAGAGCAGCAGACUCCCCUGAAGAUAGGUCGUCCUUGUUCUUUACAAAAACAAAACCUUUGAGGGCAUAAUUUUUUUUUUCAAUUACACUUAAAAAUAAGUAUAUCAAAGGAUUAGGAAACAUGAGUUUGUGUUUCAGCCGUGAGUAUUUGUUCCCAUAAAUCCCUUGGCAGUAUUUGGGGAAUAUGCAGGGAUUUGGGGGGGGCACAUUGAACAGGGGCAGAUCUCGCAUCACCUAUACUACACCCACACUCAUGUGAACCUGUGGAAUGUAUCCAAUGUUAGCAGACCCAUUAGGUUGUGUUCAACUCAGCUCUACUCAAGAGUAGUCCGACUGAAAUUAAUAGUCCUGAGUCAGUCCUGUCCUUUUAAUUUCAACCGGUCUAAUGACAUUAGAUAUGGUCCAUUGAAAUGUAUGAACAUGGCCAACAAUUCCCAUGGGUCUCCUCUGAGUAGAACUUAGUUAGAUAUAACCCCAUGUUUCCUAUCACUGGAAAUCUUCCAUCCUAUAUCCUCCCCUCCCCCUCAAAUGGGAUAUUUUCCAGAUCUAAUUUUUUUUAAGACAGAAAAAUGUUAGUGUGGAAAGAGGAAGAGAGAGAGAGAGAGGAUAGAUUUUUUAUUUUAUUUUUUUAAAGCUUGCUGGCUUUCUGUAAUUAUUUUGCUUGCUUUUAUUUGGCUGAGCAGAUAGGAUAGUGGCUGGGGUUUUAACAUUUUAUAAAAAGGAAAAUGGGAAAAAAUGACUUUCAUGGCAGUGGCUAUGGGAAAGUCUGAAGUAGAAGAAACUUGCCCAAUAUCCCAGAAUACUUUCUGGAAACACACACUCACACAACACGUUUCCUUGCCCCUGUCAAAACCGUUUCAUUCAUUUUUAUUAUUCCGUCUCUUUCCCCUCAUUGCUUUCAUAGAAUCGUAGAAUAGUAGAGUUGGAAAGGGCCUAUAAGGCCAUCAAGUCCAACCCCCUGUUCAGUGGGAGACCAUUGCUGCAAUAACGUCAGUGUGCUCCAUUCAAACCGCAUGACAUUUUCAGGCCUUCUGCCACUCGCAGGCAUCAGCCUAGGAUGUUUCAGCCAGACCAGAUGGCGGGUGCCCAUUUUGAGAAGCCUUUUAAAAAAGGCGCAUAGUGGCCUAAAAUCUCCCCAUUGUUAUCACUGUGAGAUCCGGCUGGCUCUUCUUGUGCUUGCAUCUGCUGUGUUUUCUAUGAACUUUUCAUUUUCCAAAAGAGUAGCCCUACCAACUUUCCAAUGGACAGGAAACCAGGAAUCUGCCUUAUAGUGAGCCAGACCCCUGGUCCACCUUGCUCAGAAUUGUCGCAACUGAGUGGCAUUGGUUGUCCAGGAGUGUCCCCAGCCCUUUCUGGAGAUACCGGGGAUUGAUCCUGGGACCUUCUACAUGCAAGGCAGAAGCUCUUACCACUGAGAUACCGUCCUUCCCCCUGGAGGACAAAAGCUCGCCACUGAAUAGGCAAUUUGAAAGGCACAGAGACACCGUAUAACUGCCCUCGCAUUCUGCUCCCUUGUAUAUAUCCUUUCUGCAGAGUUUUUCCCCCCCCCGCCCUCAGAGAAAAUGAAUGCAUCUGCUGGUUUUGCAUUUCAUCUUUUUUAUCUUUUAAAAUGCAUAUUCUAUCUUCUCAUUGCCCGCGCACUGGAGGCAAAAGUUGCUUUUUCAGAUCACACUUGGCAAGAAUUAUCCGUGGACAGGAGCAAUCACUGUCGGAAUUCAGUGGAGGCUGGAACAUUGAGAGUGGAGGAGGCCCUGGCCCGUCAAAACUGCCUGGCUCCGCCUCCCACUGGCUCCGCCUCCCACUGGCUCUGGCUCUGGCUCCACCUCCCUCUGGCUCCGCCUCCGCCUCCUGUUGGGCGCCCUAGCUUACGCCCUCCCAGUCCCAAAUGGGCACCAGCCACUGCUGCGGAGAACUUCCCCGCCCUCUCGCACUCAGCAAAAAAAAUGGACCACCACCCAAUGGAAAGAUCUGCUUUGUUUUGGGAGAAAACGUUUUUGUGUAGAAAGCGUUAGGAGAUGGGUGAGAACUGUGUUUCUUUCUUCUGGAGAGUAUUUUAAGGCUGUUUUGGGAGGGGGUCUUGGUUCUCUCCUUCCGCUUGCCCCUUUGAUCUGUGUUUGAUCUCUAUUGAUUUUAUUUGUGAUGGGUUUUCCAAGCUGGGCGGCGGAAGGGAGAAGCAGGCAGGUGUGAUCCCAUUUUGGGAGACCCUCUAAGGGCCCUUUGUAGGGACUCCUUGUUGUCCAAAAGUGCAGUGGUGCCAAGGGUCGCUUGUGCAAGGACUCUUUGGAGGAAAGGAUGCGAAUCAAUGUGAGUUUAAAAUAAAUAGAUGACGGGGCAAUGACCUCAAACGGGGGCUCCCAAACUGGGGUCUGUGGACCACCAGCGCUCUGCGACUUUCAUUCAGGCGCUCCGCGGCUUGUCUGCGUAUCAAGUGUCUGCAUUGCUUUGUAACUGGAUUGUUAGCGCUCCUUUGCCUUCUUGGAUCGCAUUUUGUCCUGUCGCAAUUUGAAUUCUGUGGGAUGCAAAGGGCGAUGCUAUAAAAUGCAAUGUGAGAAAUGGAUGACGCUCUUUUUUGAGAAAAGCUGCUCGGAAGCAGACAGUUUGCUGCGAUGGGAAUCGUGAAGUGGUCCGCUGAGACCCUUGGAGGUUUUCAAGUGGUCAUGGGGCGGGGGAAGGUUUGGGAGACACUGCUCCAUGGGGUGCCAAUGGUGACUCAGUGAAAUACAAGAUAAGAAAACAAAGAAGCAACAGAAAUAAAUAUCAGGCCACACCCAGCACAGCACCAUUGCUACAACAGGCAGUAAAAUUAUGAAGGGAUCCGCUCAGACUACCCGCAAUGUUUGCAUACUCCAUGGAGGGGGAAGUUUGGGGACCCUUGCUCUAAAGCAAAUGCAGAGUACUGAAGCGGUGCAUUGGGGCCGGGACAGUUUGGGGGUGGGAAGGCAUGAUUCACCCUCCCCAGUUCCAGACAUUGAGGGGUGCGUCAACAAAACCGGAUUCUCUGAUGUUUGCGGGAGGCGAAAGAUGUAGAAUGGGGAUGAAGAACCUCAAGCCUGGCCCUCCAUGCUUCACUGUCUGGCCCUUGGGACUCUCUUCAGACCAUGCUUGUCACCGGCCCCUAGUGUUUUUGCCUAGCUGGAAUAUGCCUUUCAACUCUGAUAAUGUUUCACGCUUGUCUUGGUGGAGAGAGGUGUGUGCGGAAAUGAGCCUUUAUACAAAGGUCAAAUGGAUAUUCACUUCUGUCCGUUUUUGCCUCGUGUCUUCAUGGCAGAGCGGGGAUUCAAAUCCCUGGUCACCCAGGUCGUAGUCCCAGCACCCUGAUCUUUACACCACACCAGCUCUACGGACAUCCCAUCUGCAUUGCCAAUGCAUUUCUAGAUUAAGAAGAAAUUGUAUAGCCUGAUAGGCAGCCAUCUAUUGGGAUUAUUCCCUCUUUCCCCUCCAAAAAACCCUUCACUAACUCUUUCUUCUUCUUAAAGCACUCGGUCUGCCGGUUUAUGGAAUAAUAACCAAUGGAAGUGAAAUUCUUUUUAAAAAAUGAAAGCACCUUAUUUUGGGACCACAUCACCGUUUCUCGGAGUUUUUCUUCAUCAUCUGUUCCAGCCUUUCCCAACUAGUGGGCCACCAGAUGUUGUUGGACCACAGUUCCCAUCUUUCCUGACCAUUGGCAAUGCUGGCUGAGGCUGAUGGGAGUUGUGGUCCAGCAACACCUGGUGGCCCACUAGUUGGGAAAGGCUGAUCUAUACCAUCUCCAAGGUGGCGUCUCUGGAGAAAACAGGUCCUACCCCAUUUCCUCUUCUCGGAACGUAGGGAAAUUUGCACUGAUGCCAUUUCCAUCUUCUUAUAGGUUAGUCUCGCGCCCGGAUGUGGCACCUGCAGAAAUGCCAUGUAAGCGUCGCUUUUGGGAAAGGGUUAGAAAGAAGAUGCAGGGGAAGUAGAAAAUGUUAUGAUGAGGUUAAGGGAUGUUUUCCCUGCCUUGAAACAUUGUUGGACAAGGAUGGGGCACUUGUGGCCUUCCGGGCAUUGCUGAACUACGACUCCCAGCAGCCUUGACUGUUGACCAUGGGGCCUGCUGGGAAAUGGAGUUCAACAGCUUCUGGUGUGCCACAAGUGUUGCACGGGGAAGCAAUUCAAUUCAGUUCACAUUUCAAGCCGAAUUUAUCAAAUCCGCACUUUCUGAGAACUGAAUCACAGCCCUCCUUCGAAAUUCACACUUAGCCAGAUUUUGAGAUGCAGUUCUCCAGCCAAAAAUGUUACAAAAAUCCAUAUGUUAGGGGGAAAUAUGCAUAAAUAAAUAAAUAAUAUGCGUUAUAUUUUGGAGAAUUUGCUUGCAAACAACGUGUACAUUAGUCAAAGCUGCGUACAAAAAUGUAUGCAUGCAAAAAAAUUUAGGAGAAAUUUGCGCUAAAAUACUGGAGAAUGUUCAUGAGGGUUUAAGGAUUAAAUUUUAAAAACUGCAAAGUUCCGCAGAAAUGUGGAGAACUGAAUUUGAGAUUGGGAAAAAUGAGUAACUAAGAGAACUGAACUUGAUAGAUCUUUCCAUCCCUAGUGAAGACUAGCCCUUUCUUGCAAUGGUACCGUUUAAUGUUUCUCUGCAGGUUGGCUAACUGGUCCCACCUGAUGACAUGUUUAAAAAAAUACACUCACCAACAAGUCCCCACCAAUAAGCAAACUGUAAAUAUUGGGCUAAUGUAGAUGCAGCUCAGUUGCUCUACCUAGAGAUGCUCUGCCACUGAACUACUGUUGAUGUGAUUGGACAGUCAGUUGCGCCAAGAUGCUCUCUUUAAAAAAACAGAACAAAAAAUGCUAAGGGGGCAUGCGCAUGUCAAUAGAACACCACACAUGCACACACAAAGAACCUUGUGCACCGAUGCAAUCACAAUGCGGUUAAAGGUUUUGGUUAAUUUAUGGCAGCGCUUUACCCACACAGAAUUGUGCAAUCGGUGAUUCGAGAGUGGAGGAAAUGUUCUGAAGGUACCGGGAGAAUCAUAGAAUAGUAGAGUUGGAAGGGGCCUAUAAGGCUAUCAGGUCCAACCCCCUGCUCAAUGCAGGAAUCCAACUCAAAGCAUUCCCGACAAAUGGCUGUCCAGCUGCCUCUUGAAGGCCUCCAGUGUGGGAGAGCCCGCUACCUCUCUAGGUCAUUGGUUCCAUUGUCGUAUGGCUCUAACAGUUAGGAAGUUUUUCCUGAUGUCCAGUCAAAAUCUGGCUUCCUGCAACUUGAGCCCAUUAUUCCGUGUCCUGCACUCUGGGACGAUCGAGAAGAGAUCCCGGCCCUCCUCUAUGUGACAACCUUUCAUGUACUUGAAGAGUGCUAUCCUAUCUCCCCUCAGUCUUCUCUUCUCCAGGCUAAACAUGCCCAGUUCUUUCAGUCUCUCCUCACAGGGCUUUGUUUCCAGUCCCCUGAUCAUCUUUGUUGCCCUCCUCUGAACCCGUUCCGAGAGAACUUUCUCUCUCUCUCUCUCGGAAAUGCUUCUGAUAUCCUACAGGUGGAGAGCAGACCCCACAGAAACCACAAAGGAAUGGAAAUAAAGGGCAAGCAGGUUAAAUGCAGCAACACUUUUGUAAGCCUACCUUGCCUAGUCGCCCGGAGGCGACUCCAGAGGUGCCCCUGGCAAAUGGCGAUUCGCAAAAUUAUCCCAGACAAUCAAGAAGGUGAGGAUGGUGAAGAGGAAGACAGGGUGGGUGGUUUUCAAGUCCCACCUUGCGCCCAUAAGACAAUUUGGAAUGGUACCCUUAGGGCAAGGACAGGGAAGCCAUGGCUAUCUAGGUGCUGUUGGACAAUCUUCCAUUGUCCCUGAUCUUUGGACAUGCUGGCUGCUGGAAGUGUUGGGAGUUGACAGUCCAGCCACAUCUGGAGGGCCAGAGGUUCCCCAUCCCAACUCUUAAGAGGCAUUCCCUUCUCUUAGGAGGGAAUGCCUCUUCUAAGUAGAGAAUGCUGCUUCCUAGAGUAGGGAAAGCUGGUGCCCUCCAGAGGUUGGUAGUCUGCAAACCCCAGUAUCCUUGACCUUUGGCUGAUGGGUUUUGGGGUCCAACAACCUCUUAAGGGCCACCGCUUUCCCACCGUGGGAUCCUUGCUGUUGGCCUUACCAGGAGGGAGGAGAAACUGAAGGAGGAGAUGAGCAUACACACGUCCCGCUAUGCAAUGUAAUGUUUGAGUCUCUUCUACAUCUCUCAUGCACUACAGAUACCUGUAAGGAUGAAGACACUUUUUAAAAUAUUUUGAGGUUUUUUUAAAAAAGGCCUUGUACUAUAAAUAGGAGAGGUGGAUAGAAAUAGUGUACAUAAUAUUAUAUUUACCUUUAUGGUGCUAUUGGAGGAUUAUUUGCCGCUGGAGGGACUUGCUGGGGUGUAAUCAUCCGGGGCUGCAAUGGGGUCGUCGUCCUCUUACUUUUUGGGUUCCAGUCUAUGUACAAGCCAAUGGGCACGAAAAGGGAGCAUGUUAGCCACUGAGAACAGUCCUUGUCCGUUCAUGCUGGUUGGAGCCAAUCGGAGUGAAAGGAGAUGAAUCAGCCCCUGAGAAGACUCUUCUCAGUAGCUAACACACCACCUCCCCUUUCACCCUGAUUGGCUCCUAGGGACAUCUGUUGUAGUGGAGUGUGGACUCGUGAGGUGGCGUGACUAUCAUGGAGGGGCCCUGUACUCCUGAAUUAGCCAGUACAAUACUGAUCUGACAUGUGUCUUUGCCCUCCCAGCCAAACCUGCCUCUCCCCCAGCCAAAGUUGUGGUUCUGUAAAAAUGAGAGAUCUCCUUGGAACGGAUCUGGCAGGAGGGGAUGGGAGGGCAAGACGUGGAGUCUGAAUUGACAGUCCUUCCAUAGAAGCCAGGAUGACCUUGCAAUGGGACGGUGGGACGGAAAAGAAGCAAUGUCUAUUCUUUUAGAAAAAUACUUUUGCAAUAUAAUUUUAUUAAGUUGCUGCUUUUUCUGUUUCUGUUUUCUAAAUGAAACACACACACCUGCACACCAAGUUCCUUUUGAGCUUGCACAGAGUUGAUUUGGGAUUUAGGCUUUUUUUUUCCCCCAGGGGAUGUGUGGGUGGGCAGAAAAUUCGGAAGCGAUUGGCGUAAAGGUCAAGUUAGGGGAUUUUGUUGACCUCAAAGGGUAUGGGCAAGUCUAGUGGGGGGGGGGGGAUGUGCAGCCACAGAAAAUAUAUUGGUGAAAGAUGCUGAAAGCCGUUGUUCAAAAAUCAGACCCAAAGAGUGUGGGGUGCAUCAACAGAGGUCAUAGUGUCCGAGCAACAAUCCAGCGCUUCUAUCUCCUAAGUUCGUCCUUUCAGAAUGAACGGAGGAGAGCCUUAUCUUUGCAACAUCCUUCUUCCAAAAUGAGUCACUUCUGAACCGUUGAACAUACAACUGGGCGCGAAGCGAAAUGUUCCUUUUUCUGUGUGUACGAACAACAUAAACCACUUUGAAUCCAGUUUAGUUUGGGGAGCCUUUCCGUUAUCCUGGGAAACGGUGGUGUUGGGAGGGCAGCGAUGGUUCUCCAAGGUGGCGCGCUAGCGGUGGUGAGGAGCCACCACAGUUAAAAUUGGAUCGGAACUGGUUUUAGGCCUGCGGCGUCGACCUAACGUUCAUUCUGUGGGCUGUCCAACAGAAAUCCGUCCACCGCUGUCAAACGAGUGGCUGCAUGCUUGCUUGCUCGCUCGCUCGCUAAUUCCCAGGCUCCCCUAGACUUACACUGUUUUGUUGACAGAGAAGGAUAUGAAAAGACAAUAAUUGUAUACACACACACAAAGGAAAGAGAAGCUGGCAGGAUUCUGGAAUACCAAAAAUAUGACUUUAAACUGUGCCUAUGAACUUUACUGCUGGAGUCUCUUUCCUUGCUUCCCCUGUUCAUUUUUCCUUUUGUCAUUUUUUCCCCUUCUGAGUUACAGUCUGUGGCAUCAUACCCCACCACGUCGCAUAAAAGGGCCCCUUGGGAGGAGAGAUUCGUUCCCCUAGUUGGACUCGAUGGCCUCGUAGGCCCCUUCCAACUCUACUAUUCUAUGAUUCUAUGAUCUUUUCCUCCAGGCUGAAGCAGUGCUGUCAGGAUUGGCUAAGGGGAAGCAAGUGGGCGGAGCUUGAUGAAGGGGAGGAGCCAGGUGGGUGGAGUUAAGGUUGCUGUCAUGCCCAUUUGUCCAUAUUAUUAGCGUUGCCUGAUUUAGGAAAAGUUGCAGGGCAAUCCUAUGUGCCAAUGACUAGGGAAGAGGGAGACAUUUGAUUCAGUUGGGAUUUCGAGCCAAAUCUAACAACUUUCCGAAGCGAUAUGAAAACCAAAACACAGCCCUCCUUCAAAAUUCGAACUUAUUUGAAUUUUGCAAUGCAGUUUGCCAACCAAACAAUGCUUACAAAAAGGCGUACGUAAGAGGAAAGUGUGCAUAAAUAGGAAUUGUAUGAGUGAAAAUAACAAAAAUGCAUUAUAUGAUGAGAAAGGGCUUGUGAAAAAUGUGCACGCUAUACAAAAUCUUGCAUCUUCCACACCACCAUACACACGCACGCCCAGUUUAUUGGAGAUUUCAGUUUCAGGGAGAAAAAAACCCCAAUUCAGUCAAUUUCAUUCAGAAGUGCAUCUUUCUAAGUUCUGGAUGGGGAUGCUAAAUCUGAUUGGCAAUUGAAGCAAGGAUCGUGUAGGCCCUUUGAGGUGAAAUAUCCCUGAUUUUUCUCUUUACGGCUCCCGAACUGCAGGUGAUUUGUAACCCAACAAGGACGUGGAAAGUAAUUGCUUCGGCUUGCAUUUUAACAGGAGAACCAAACUGCAGCUUUCCUUUGAAAUUUGCAUUGCUCCAGCUUUCUUCAAACAAACAAAUCUGCUUAUAAUCAUAGAAUAGUAGAGUUGGAAGGGGCCUGUAAGGCCAUCCAGUCCAACCCCCUGCUCAAUGCAGGAAUCCAAAUCAAAGCAUUCCCAGCAGAUGGCUGUCCAGCUGCCUCUUGAAUGCCUUCCCAAAGAGCACCAGAGAUCGUAUGUUAGGGGAAAUGACCUACAAGAAGGCACACUGUUGGAGGAAAUUGGCAAAAAGGAAAGAUGCGUACAUGAGGCAAAAUUGCAUACAAAACAAGUAUAUUAGAUGAUACGUGCACGAAAUGUGGAUGAAUUUUCAGGCAAACUUUAAACACACACAUACAACCUGAUGCUGAAAUGGAAAUAAAAGGCGAGGCUGGAAAAAAGAGGGAUUGCUAAGACAGCCAAACUGGCAAAUUUGGCCACCCUUUUGUCUAUCCGCUCUGACAGCACUGCCUGGCUGGCCAGGGGGGGCUCAAUAUCCUCUCCCAAUGCAUCACCCUGAGCAGUGCGGUUUUGUUUGGGACAUCUCCCUUUUACCCUUCGUGUUUGUGUUUGUCAUUUUGCAAUCUGGAAGGGAAACCGAGGCAAAAACAAUUCCUCAAAGUUACGCUGCGAUUCUCACGUGGCAUGAUUCUAAUUUCCUUUUUUCAAGAAAUCAUAAUUAUUCUUGGCAUUUCCUCCUUCCCCUCAUGUCCACCUCUCUUUGUAUCACUCGCCCGGAGUCAUUUAUAAUAUUUUGCAAAUCUUGCAAGAAUAGUGUACUCUCUCGCUUCUCGCUUGCUAUGUUCAUACACACAAACGCACUGUUGUGCUCUGGGGAAGAUCCCUCUCCUGAGGGGUGGUUUGGGAAAUGGAGCUCACUUCAGAGGGGCUCAUCUAACAUCACCACUUUAAGCGGUUUUGUGGUCGGUCCUCUCCUGGGGACUGUGGCGUGCAUCCCACUAUAUUCAACUCAGAGUAGACCCAUUGCAACUAACAGGCCUAUGUUAGCCACAUCUGUUCGUUUCAAUAGGUCUCCUCUAAGCAUGACGGACGUUGGCGACAGCCCUAUCAUUCCAGAAAGCAGGGAUCUUUAACCAGAAAUACCCAUGGCUCCACCAACUACAAUUCCCAAGAUCCAUUGUGGAGGGGAGAUACCAAUGUUAUAUCAGUUUUUGAAAAUAUGCAAGACACACCAAGAAACGAGAUAAUCAAACGCAACUCAGAAGCUGUUUGGAAGCAAUUUUCCAGUCUGGUUCUUGAAACACAGCAACCUCAACUCAUGGUGUUCUGCUUAUUUCACCCAGGCUAUUACUGGUCUCUUUCCAACACACACA